AUGUCCGCCCACUUGCUCUCCGCGGCCUCUUUCGCCUCACCACUCUCACUCGACCAACCGCCUUGCUGCCUCCGCGUUCUUUCGGGAGACUCAGGACAGCGCCGCAACCCGUCCUCACUGUUGGGACCUGGGGUAAGCGAAGCGCCCAGCGCGUCGAGGGCGGAAUGGGCACGGGGAGAGUCCGCAGGCAGUGCUAGCGGGUUUCGCUCCGUUGCAGGCCGAGCGCAGUCGGGCAACUGGCGCAGCUUAAUACGGGGAGGGAUCUCAGCGCGGGGCGAAAGCAGGAGCAGUGCGGGACCGGGCGCUGAGCAGUGGGGGCAGAGUGCGGAGGGGCGCAGAGAGGCAGGCGGAAACGGCGGAGGGUGGUCCGACAGGGGACGGAGAGGUGGGGGACGGUCGGUUGGCGGAUGGGAGAGAGGGGGACGGCGAGGCGGUAGCGGAGGAUGGGGGGCCGGCGAAGGGGACAGCGGAGGUUUAAGGGACAGGGAGGGCGCAGGGCGGCAGGAGGGAUCGCGCGGUGAGGGAGGGGAUUGGGGAAGGCAAUGGGGCGGGGGAGCGGAGAGCGCGCGCGAGCGAGGGCUGGAGGGGAGGGAUGGCAGGGACGCAUGGCGCGCGGACGGCGGUCGCGCGGAAAGGGGGCGGGGCGGCGGGCGCGGUGGCGGAUCCUGGGACGCGCGGAGCCGAGGGGGAAGAGGCAGGGCGGGAUCGUCCGCGUCGUGGGGCCGAGGGGGAAGAGGCGCAGGCGAGCGCGGGAGGGGACGGGGUGGGCAGGCGGGCGGAAGGGGGGUGUGGGGGAGGCGAGGAGAGGGGCGGUGGGGGAGCGAGGAGGGCGCGGAGGAGGAGUUACCGUCGGGGUCGUUCGUACUGCCCGACCCCGAGGCGGACGGCGGGGCGGACGGCGUGCUCGUGGUGGGGGUCGAGGGCCGCCCCCCCGCGCUCUCCCCGCGCGACCUCGUGUGGGCGCGCGCGCGCCGCGUGCGGUCGGGCGUGGUGAGCGACGCGCGGUGGUGGUCCGUGAUGGACGGCGACCGGUACGUGGGGGACGACAAGGGGGACGAGGGGGCGGAGGGAGACGAGUGGGAGGGGGAGGGGGAGGAAGGGGGGGCUUUUGGGAGGGCGGGGGUGAUGGAGGGAGAUGAGGGGAGGGGACGGGAGGGGAGAGGGGCAGAGCGCGGGGACGAGUCGGACACAGAGGGGGAGGAUGGGGAGGAGGUGGAGGUGGAAAUACGGGGCCAGGGGGGAGGUUGGGGGGAAGAGGAUGAGGCGGAUGGGCGAGAUGGCAUGAGGGCAGGGAGGAGGGGCGAGGAGGGGGCGGGCAGCAGGCGGGUGAGGGGCGUGCGGCUGUUCGGGCGGGACUUUGGGCGCAGCCAGGCAGGCACGGGGGGGGAGGGCAGCGAGGAUGCCAACCUGUCAGCGCGGAGCCCGCGGGUGGCAACACCACGUGCUGACGUGGCGGCCGUGAGCGAUGCUGGUGACAGCAGGCAGAGGGUCGGUGGGGUGGGUGUGGGCGCCGGCAGCUCUGGUGGUGCGCAGCAGCAGCGGGGCGAGGGCGCACGGGGAGGGGGUGCGGCGGGGUGGCAGGGCGCGGAGGAGAUGCGUGGGGCAGGGAGGAAAAAGCAGGAGGAGGAAGAGGAGGAGGAGGGAGGGGAGUGGGCGAGUGGCGAGGAGUGGGCGCGGUACGGCAUGGAGGCACCGUUUGAGGGCAUGGAGGCACCGUUUGAGGGCAUCAUUGAGCUGGACGGCGAUGAUGCAUGGGGGGCGGGCGUGCACGGCAGGGCGGGCAGGCGGCAGCAGGAGGGUGGUGCAGCAGGUGGGGCGGGCGGGGGCCCCAGCGUGCUGGAUGCCUUGCGCCGACAGGUGGUGCCCCGGGCCAAGGGGGGCGACGAGGGGCGGGGUGGGGGCAAGGCAGAGAAGGGGGAGAAGGGGAAGCAGGCGAGCAAGGAGGGUGGUGGGCGGGAUGCAGCAGCAGCAGCAGGCAAGGCAUCUGAGGGGUCUGGCACGGGCAGGGCAGCGGUGGCAGCGGCGGCGGUGGUGGCCCCGUCACAGCGGGACAACUACGACCCAGCGCUGGCGGACCAGUUCUUCAGCCGCACCUCCUUCGCUCAACUCGCCGCCUCCCCCGCCGCCCUCACCGCCCUCCAGGCGCUUGGCAUCACCCGCCCCUCGCACAUCCAGGUGGGCAAGUGGAAUGGGUUGUGUGCCGUGGAAUGGGUUGUGUGCGGUGGAAUGGGUUGUGUGCGGUGGAAUGGGUUGUGUGCGGUGGAAUGGGUUGUGUGCGGUGGAAUGGGUCGUGUGCGGUGGAAUGGGUUGUGUGCGGUGGAAUGGGUCGUGUGCCGUGGAAUGGGUUGUGUGCGGUGGAAUGGGUCGUGUGCGGUGGAAUGGGUUGUGUGCGGUGGAAUGGGUUGUGUGCGGUGGAAUGGGUUGUGUGCGGUGGAAUGGGUCGUGUGCGGUGGAAUGGGUUGUGUGCGGUGGAAUGGGUCGUGUGCGGUGGAAUGGGUUGUGUGCGGUGGAAUGGGUUGUGUGCGGUGGAAUGGGUCGUGUGCGGUGGAAUGGGUUGUGUGCGGUGGAAUGGGUCGUGUGCGGUGGAAUGGGUCGUGUGCGGUGGAAUGGGUUGUGUGCGGUGGAAUGGGUCGUGUGCGGUGGAAUGGGUUGUGUGCGGUGGAAUGGGUUGUGUGCGGUGGAAUGGGUCGUGUGCGGUGGAAUGGGUUGUGUGCGGUGGAAUGGGUUGUGUGCGGUGGAAUGGGUCGUGUGCGGUGGAAUGGGUUGUGUGCGGUGGAAUGGCACCUUCUUCUUUUCCCCUCCUCGCCCUUACCCCACCGCCCUCCUUCGUCCAUUGCCUACAUCAACCGUCUGCUGCCUUUCCCUGCAAGCUCAACCGUCCGUCCUUCCCCCUCCCCCCCUGGCACGGGUGCAUUCGGGCAGGCAGCAGCGUUCCCGUACGUGCUGCGCGGGGCGGACUGCAUCAUGGCGGACCAGACGGGCACCGGCAAGACACUCGCCUACCUGCUGCCGCUGCUGCAGCGCCUCAAGGCUGACGAACUCGCACGCGCGGGAGGGGGCGAGGGGGGCGGUGGGGAGGGGGAGGGGGGGGAGGGGGAAGGCGGAGGGCGUGCGGGCGGUGCGCGCAUGGGAGCAGCGCCGAAGCGACCGGCGGCGAUUGUGUUGGUGCCCACCACUGAGCUGGCGAACCAGGUGGUGCGGGUGGCGCGGCAGCUGUCAGCGGGCGGCAUGAGGGUGCGGUCGGUGGCGGUGACGGGUGGGCACCGGUGGCGCACGCAGGUGGAGGCGCUGGCGGGCGGGGUGGACGUGGUGGUGGGCACGCCUGGCCGCGUGCUGCAGCACCUCGAUGCCGGCUCCAUGCUGCUGGACGAUGUCAAGUGUGUGGUGGUGGACGAGGCGGACAUCAUGUUUGACGACGACGACUUCAGUGCCGCCCUCAAGCCCAUCCGCAUGGGCUGCUCGCGCGCAUGCCAGGUGGUGCACGUGACGGCCACGCUGCCAGCGGACGUGCACGAGCAGCUGCUGCAAGAGUACCCCACAGCCGUCUCCCUCAUCGGCCCCAGCCUGCACCUCACCUCCUCCGGCCUGCACGAGGUGCUGGUGGACUGCUCGCAGGCGGAGGGCGAGCAGCGCUCGGAGGAGGGCGGCUUUGCACGCAAGCGGGCGGCGCUGCUGCAGAUUGUGGGGGCGAGCAGGGGCAGGCGCAGGGGGGACGCGGAGGGCGAGGAGGGGGAGGGGAGUGUGGGCGCAGUGAGAGAAGGCGAGGAGAGCAGCGUUGGGUCAAAGAAGACGAUUGUGUUCUGCAACAAGAUAGAGACGUGUCGCCGGGUGGAGAACGUGCUGGUGAGGGCGGACCGCCAGCAGCGCCGCUACAGCGUGCUCGUGUGCCACGCGGGCAUCGCCCCCGACGCACGCCGCCAGGCCUUGGAGCAGCUGCUCGCGCCCAACCCGCCCCUGCCCCUCAUCCUCGUCUGCACUGACCGGGCGUCGCGCGGCAUAGACAGCAUCGACGUGGACCGAGUGGUGCUCUUUGACUUCCCGCGCGACCCCAGCGAGUACGUCCGCCGCGUGGGCCGCACCGCCAGGGGAGCGGGCGGCACGGGCACGGUGUAUGUGUUCGUGCAGGGCGGGCAGGUGGGGCUGGCUCGCCGCAUCAUGACCCGCAACGACCGCGGGCUGCCCGUGCAUGAGGUGCCCGACAGCUUCUUCUGA